UUUAGCAAAAGAAAUAGAAGGAUCUUGACGCAAGCAAAGAGGAACCUUACUUGAUAUAUAGGUGGUGUAUUAGCGGUACAGUGGGCGGGGCCAUGAAUCGAUCACACACAAACUGGGAGGUGCGUAGACAGAAAAACGGAGGUAGUGAGUGGAGCUGCGCUCCAGCAGUCGCGCUCUGACCGUGGAUUUACGCAGCGCGCUCCUGCAAACACAAUUCCUGCACUACUACUUUCCAAAUCUCAGAGUAGACACUUUUCCACGAGGUUUUAUUUUUAUUUGGAUAAACACCUAAUUAAAAAGCCAACCUAAGCGAGAAAUACACGACUGCUCUCUAAGGGAGGGGAGAGCUGAGCUUGAACUUACAGCAGCUUUAUGGCUUUAUGGGUCUCCCUAACAGCCUAGCUGUCAUAUGCUGGUCCCUGGAGAAGAUGAGCUUCUUUUGAUGUUUGGGACCUAUUCCUUAUUGCCACAUUGAUCAGCCUCUUUUAAUGCCAUAAACAUGACCAACAGCAGUAACUGCACUGUGGGUCAUGAUGGCAACCCCGCAGUGAGCAUCAUCAUGUUUUUAGCAGGGGUGGUGGGAAACCUUGUGGCACUCUUCAUCCUUGGAAUUCACCAGAAGGAACACAGAUCCAGGUCCUCCUUGUUCUGCAUCCUGGUUACUGGUUUGGCUCUCACGGACCUGCUGGGCACCUGCCUCCUCAGCCCACCCGUGUUUAUCUGCUAUGCCCAAAACAUGUCCCUUAAGGAUCUGGGAGGUGAGAGCCUGUGUAACCUCUUUGGCUUCGUCAUGAGUUUCUUCGGCCUGGCCCCCAUGCUCAUCCUGUGUGCUAUGGCAGUGGAGCGCUGCCUGGCCAUCAGCCACCCGUACUUUUACUCGGUCCACAUCCGCCGCAGCUUCGCCAAGUUCUCACUCUUCUUCAUAUACCUCUUUUCUUUGGUGUUUUGCCUCCUGCCGUACAGUGGCUACGGCAAAUUCCGACAGUACUGCCCUGGAACAUGGUGCUUCAUUGAUAUGGAUGCUGAAGAGGAGGACAAGUCAUUGCUGGUCUUUUCCUUGUCCUACUCCUCCAUCAUGGCACUGCUGAUCCUCGUGGUGUUUGUUUGCAACGGGUCAGUGAUUUUUAGCCUGUGCCAGAUGCGACGCAGCCAGCUGGUCAGACGUGGCUCAGUGGCAUCGACAGGGAGGAAGAGGAAGAUGAGCAUGGCCUGGUUCAAACAGGGGGAAGAGGAGAUCGACCACCUGGUUCUGCUGGCGCUCAUCACUGUCAUCUUUGUGGUGUGCUCCGUGCCGCUGACUAUUGUUGGCUUUAUCAAUGCCUUUAAUCCAUUCAAAGAUGACGAACAGCAUCUGACCGCUUUCCGAUUCUACGCCUUUAACCCCAUCGUGGAUCCCUGGGUCUUCAUCAUCUGCCGCAAGUCUGUGUUUCGCCACCUGUGCUCCCUUCUGAGCUGCCACUUCAGCAAAGGAGCUGUGAAGGCAACAGCACACUGCGCUUUGUCUCUACCACUUGAUAACACCAUAACGUGCAGCCCCUUGGCGUGACAUGGACUAAGUCACUGAAACUCUUGGCUGUGAAGGACAAAGUAUUUGUGGCAGCAGGUUUACCCAGUCUGCAUCUGAGGCAUUGCAGCACUGAAACAAGAUGCACUCCACCUACAAUUUAAGGGAACAAAGGAGAAACAUUUAUUUGCGAUACCUCUGGAUGAAAUGACUACCCUGUGUUGCUUUUCCACUGAUCCAUGGAACCUUUUCUGUGUUGAAAGGAUCAUUUUGUCAUUAAUCAAAGCCCACAGACUUUAUAAAUACGAUGUAUCCAACCAUAUAUAGCCAAUAGAAAUAGUCAACAAAGUCUAAAGACAUUAGAUGAAGCUAUAUGGACAUUCAUGAAUGUAUAUUGUGUAUUUCUCUCUAAGUCAGUGAGCAUUUCUUAGGGAACACAGCAAGACUGUUUCUCUUCUGUGCAGCUUUCAAGUGUGAGCCAUCUGUUUCUCUCAGUGCAAAGAUCCAUUUCACUUUUCUGUGAAAGAUUACUACAUUCAAAGAGGGAGAAGGAGCUUCAUCUAAUGCAUCUUCUCCACUGGUCACCUCCUCCUCAUGUAAACUAUCCCAACCUAAAACAGGCCUUAAUCCAAAAGCAUGACUGCUGUGAUGCGAGUGGUCCAUUUAAGGCUCGACUUUGGCACAGCUUUGCUUCAAGUGAAGUGCCAUUGUCAGCAAGUCAAUGAGGCUCAGCAGAAUGUGUGCUAACAAUCCACAACAUUUCAUAAAACAUGUAUUCCUUCUGAUCUAAUACGCGUUUUCAUCUUUGUCUUGUCAGCAUGAUUUAUCCCAAAAAUCUUGUGAAAGAUAUUCUGUGCUGAAGCUUAAAAGGUUUCCUUUCAAUAUAGCAUUGAUUUUAGUUUUUCUGCUGUUUGAAUUUGAAAAGUUUGCACUGUCUAACUUAAGUGCCAGUUAAAGAUCGUAAAUAUUUUCUUUAACUGGCUACCAGAACAUGUUUAAUGCUACAGGUUUGUCUUCUCUCUGUCUACAUCACUGCGUUGCAUAUUUUUAAAAUAACUUGCAUUAUAGUCACUAUAUUGCAGCUCACUGUUUUGGAAGAAAUAAUAUGAGCUAAAAAGUCACUUAAGAAAACAAAAUAAUGCAGACAGAACUUUGUUCACAUAGAUAAUUUUAUCCAGCCUAAAACCUAAUUCUUAAAAAUGAUUUUUUUUCCAAGUAUAAAGAACUACACUUAUGAAAGUAACACGCUUGUGGACCAAACUGCUGGAAUAAGUAACAACAGCAUCUUGUUUGGGAGUUAGUUUUAUUUAAAAUGAGCACUUUGAAUUAACAGGAGCCUCACUUCACCAUAUUUACCCAUGAGGCUUUUUGCAACAUUUUUAAAUGGUUUUUGAGCUUUUGAGACUCAUGCGAGAGGCUGCUUCUUUUCUGGUGGAUAUGCCGGGGCUCUUGUCCAUUACCUCUUUCCUGUUCUCUUUGAGCUUCAUAAUUUUCAUCCAACGUUUCCACUAGUGACCCACACCACACUUCAUUUGCAAAAAUGCUAAGACCCUUGAUUUAGGUGAACUAGAGUUCACCUCUUCCAUCUGCACCUGAGUUUAAGGUUAACUUUAACUUACCAAACAAAGUCUAAAAAAUCUCUGGUAUGAAGCAAACACCCUAGAGUGAAAGUAUUUCAAGAUGGAUUUGAUUUAUGAUUUUAAAGAUUAAGAUAAAAGGUAAGACACAGUAUAUACAGUGUGUUUAGGUGGAAAUAAAAUACAAAAAUUUAAAUAAAUCAGCCACUAAAGUUGAAACUUUUUCUUUAGUUAGAUGUGCUGGCCUCCUCUGUCAUAAAUCCUUUGUUAAAAGACUUUUUCCCAUGGGUCAUACCCCAAAACGGCUCUCAACUCAACACCCACAGGCCAGUUUUACUUGGUCGGUGACUCAAAGGUAAAGAAUCUUGUUCCAUUUCUACCCUAGAAACACGACUGGGGUGGGUAGCUAAGACACCUAAGUACUAUUUGAAAAUGUUCUGUGUGAAAGAAGCUCAAGAUUUGGCAAGUUUAUAUGACAUCACAGAGUUAGGUUUUUUUCUUCUUGGACUCUGAGAUAAAUGUCAUCUUCAGUCAAAUAUCCUCAGAGGUAAUUAAACUAGAAGACCAUUUGUUUCUUUUCCCACCAAGUUUCCAAGAAUCUUUCAGUGAUUUACUCCUCAGACAAAACAGUUUUCAUUUGGUGUUCUGCUGUUAACGAGCAUUUGAUGAGUUGGCCAUCGACAUUCAGUGUGAUGGAAAACACACUGACCACUCAUCUCAUGUUUUAGAAUGAUUUCUCUUGUGGUGGGAAAUAAAUCCUGGCGGAUUACUUUGACUCUGUUUAAGCCACUUUGCUAUCAGGCCUUACAUAGUUUGUGUGCUUGAAUUAGUUUUAUUUUGAAAAAAUCUGAUGUUUCAGCAUUCUGGUUGCUGUUACGACAGGACAACACCACAACAUUAUUUAAAUUUGCCCAUCAUUGCACCUGCAGCACAGACUGACAGACUUAAAUUAACUGUGAAGUGAGACGUUGCUUUAUUAUUGCUAUAGUUGAAUCCUAUGGUUAAAACAAAAUUAUGAAAAUGAGCAAGUUCCGUUUCAAAAUAGAAUAUAAAGGCUUUUAUUGUGGAUGCUUGCUUAUCAUAGCAAGCAUUCUUUUGGCUAUUAUAUUGCUUAAAGAAGAAAGCAAAAAAAAAUUAAAACAAGUGAAAAAUAUCACAUUUUAAACUUUUAUUUUGAAAUGAUUUAAUGUGCCAAUUUGUUUACUCAUUGUUAGAGAAUGUGACCACAUUCUACUGCAUCUUUGCACUGCAUGAGCAUAAGAUUCUACUUUUUCACCUCGUUCACUAAUUUAUAAAGCUAUUGAAGAUGUUUGUGAAUGUUUUCAAAACCUUUCGCUUCACUUCACUGCAAAUGUGAUUUUUCUCCAUUUUUUUAAUGUGUUAAAAUGUAAAAAGAUAUAUGUUUGUUUUAUAUUUUUGCUUGGUUGACUAUAUGCUAAAGAUUGAACGUGCUUGACUUAAAGCGAUGCUAUUGAACUUCCUUUGGUCAUAAUUUUUCCCGUACAUAUUUUAAACCUUUUGUUCAAAAUUAUUUCUGUGCUUUUAUUCUUGUGAAAUAAAAUGUUGUGAACAGAAACAUCCGA